AUGGCAUCCUCAAUAUCGAUAUGCCGCGCUUGCCUCACAAGGCCCUCUACACUCGUCGGCGGGGCCCCACGUCUCCUUCGACCGACCUCUGAUAUCCACCGGUUGCUCCCUGCAAUAUCGACCGUUCCAUCAUUGAUAGCUACUUCUGCUUUUUCGACGACAUCUUCCCUCCCAGCCGGUGGUGGCGCCGUCAACCGCGCCAAACUCAAGUCUUCGAAACUUAAGCAGGUCAAGAAGAAGAAGCCGAAAACCCAUUUCAAAAUCUGGAACCAUGCCGAGCUUCCAAAAUACGCGCUCACCGAUGUCAUGCGUUAUAUUCGCGCCUUUGAAGUCGGAAAUGACGUGCGACAGGCGAAAUAUGAUCUUGCAGUGAAGAUAUAUACUCAGAAAAACGGACCCGCAGUCAAGAGUAGAAUACAGCUGCCAAAGGCAGUAAAUACGGAUAUCAGGAUCUGUGUCUUUGCAGACGGAAAGAAGGCCGACGCUGCCAGAGAGGCGGGUGCAGUGGUCGUAGGAACAAAGGAUGUCUGGGAGCAGAUCAAGGAAGGAGUAAUCAACUUCGAUCGUGUUAUCUGCGCCAGUGAUGUCUUCCAGGAAUUUCAAAAAACCGGCUUGGGCCGUGUCUUGGGUCCCAGAGGUAUGAUGCCUUCACCUCGUACUGGUACAGUAGUCACCAACCCAGCGGCCAUCAUUUCCGCCAUGAUUGGUGCGUCUGAUUACCGUGAACGUCAGGGUGUCGUUAGAAUUGCGAUCGGGCAGCUAGGGUUUUCACCUGACGAAUUGAGAGAUAAUAUCAAGGUGUUUAUGGAUCAAUUGGCCAAGGAUUUGGCCAGGAUUGAAGACUUCGACAAGAGGAUCAACGAAGUUGUUUUGAGUAGUACACACAGUCCUGCAUUCAGCUUAAGCGGUGAGUUCAGGAAUAUUGGACGGGAAGAGGACCUUGAAAUCACGCCAGAGGUAGUUGAAGGGGCAGCGGCUGCAGAAGAGGCGCCAGCGGCAGCAACUUUGUAG